UUUUAUUUCUUUGUCUUCGCGCGCAUUUCCGGUAAGUCUUGCACAUGGUUGACAGCCAAGUUUCUUUGCUAAGUACACACUGGUUUCGGUUGAGCAGUGAUGGAUCAAAUCCCGGCCGCCAUGGAUCGGCACUUGGACGUGAUUCAGUGUCAUAAAGAUGGUGGGAUUCUACUCGGAGCCUCCGGACUGACUGGGAGAUACUGGCUGGGAUCCCUGUGGUACUACGCCAAUCCGGAUGCUGCUCCAGAUGUGGAAAAGUGUACGGCUGGAGUACAGCUGGAGGCUGGAUUUCAGGAGGCAGUGUGGCUUGACGACACAAAGGUCCUGGUGGGAUUAGACACAGGUGGCAUAGCGUUAUGGGACUUGGUGGAUAAUUUCCACACCUUUGUUCAUGUGAGUGGGGUCGUGGAGCAUGAUGACCUUGUGACAUCAGUGGGUGUGGUCAGUGGAGGAAAGUCAGCUGUCUCGUGUGGAGCCGACCGCUGUGUCAAAGUGUGGGAUUUGGAAAAUAUGCAUUCAACAAAUACAUAUAGAGCCCAUCACGAUGUCGUGGAGUGUAUCAGCUGUCACCCAACAGAGCCAGCCUUAUUUUUGUCUUGUUCAGCAGAUGGUAGAGUUUUCCUGUGGGACACACGGAAGUCUCGUCCGGUGACCGUUCUAGGUGGGUUUCCUCCCCCCAUUGUCCCCAUAGUCAUAGUAGACACAUCCCCUCUUCUACAUUCCCCAAAACAAGUUGUGUGGCAACCAGGAACGCACACUUUUGCUGUCGGAGGAGAGUGUGGACAGGUCGUCGUCAAGGAUACCAGGAAGGCUGUAGGAGCUACGUUGUCUUUCAGCUGCCAUUCCCGGGCAGUCACAAAGUUAUCAUUUUGUCAAGAAAAUCCCCGCCUGUUGGCCUCAGCGUCGGAGGACUGUACAGCUGUUGUCGUGUCUGUGGACAAGGAGGCAGGCCGCCAGAUCUUCAAAGACACUUCCCAUACAGACUUUGUUAGCAGUCUAAGUUGGCAAGGAAACGAUAAUCUCUUCACCUGUGGUUGGGACUCGAAAGUGAAAAAUCACUGUGUAUCAAAAAGUGAACAAACUUGUGAAGACUGUGUGAGGGUUCAGAUGGAAACGGACUGUAUAGACAAGGAAAAUGUUAAAAAGAAGAUCGCCAACAUUUCACUGGUCUGCAAUGGGAACGGUGCUGGGUUGGAAUCCACCUGAUGUGCAUCUACCUCGAUUAGAUACAUACCUGAUGUCCUUGUGUUCUGCGACAUUUUAUUGAUUGUGUGUACAACUCCUCUCCUAGCCAAAAUAAAGAUCUCCAGUGGCCAUCUGUAAAACUCAAAAAGACCACUCUUGUUGUUGGUACUUUUUGUUGUUUUCAGACAUUUUUUUUUGCAAGAGUUGUGUCACCUUUGCAUUUUUUACUGUAGAGGGCAUUUUCUGAUAACAGAGAUUGAAAGUGAAAGUUGUGGAGUCUUUACAAUUUAUUUCGUUUUUCAUAUUUCUUAAGAUCACUUAAGAAGAAAGAUCACCAUUAUCGAACUUAUACAUGUAGUUGAAAAAAAAAAAUCAUGCAAUCGUAAAAAUAAACCAUUUGGAAGUUGAA